AUGGAAUAUUUUGGAUUCCUGAACGAAUGUGAAUUGGAAACUUUCGAAGAUAGGGAAUUACGUUACCUUGGGACCAUAGCUAAUAACAAAGAAGAAUGCAGGCAUGAAAAAGUUGCACCAUCACCAUCACAAAAAAAAAUAACAUCUACAAAACCUCACUCAGUCAUGAAGGACUGCAUUGAUAUUAAAGUGAUAGAUAAGCUAAAUGAGGAUAUUAAAUCUUUACCGGAAAUUGAGGUAAGUGUACCCGAUAAUGAUGAGGAUGGGUCAAAGGUAUUGGAGACCGGGACUGAUCCAAAUAAAAUGGAAUGCCUUUAUCAGUAUGCCAUUGAACAUGGAGAAGAUCUUGAACAAUUUUCGGUUAUUACAGAGGCUGAAAAAAGAAAAUGA